CAACAGCUCUCAGAGGGCUCCAUGUUUGGCCACGGCCUGAAGCACCUGUUUCACAGCCGCCGAAGGUCACGGGAGAGGGAGCACCAGGCGUCUCAGGAGGCCCAGCAACAGCUGCAACAGCAGGGCCUAUCUGAUCAGGACUCCCCAGAUGAGAAGGAACGCUCCCCAGAGAUGCACCGCGUCUCCUAUGCAGUGUCCCUGCACGACCUGCCUGCCCGACCUACUGCUUUCAACCGGGUGUUACAGCAAAUCCGUUCCAGGCCCUCCAUCAAGCGGGGCGCCAGCCUGCACAGCAGUGGCGGGAGCGGUGGCCGCCGUGCCAAGAGCAGUUCCCUGGAGCCACAGCGUGGCAGUCCUCACCUGCUUCGUAAGGCCCCCCAGGACAGCAGCCUGGCCGCCAUCCUGCACCAGCACCAGGGCCGACCCCGUUCCUCCUCUACCACCGACACCGCCUUGCUCCUGGCUGAUGGCAGCAGUGCAUACUUCCUGGCUGAGGAGGCAGAGAACAUUGGGGACAAGGGUGACAAGGGAGAUCUUGUGGCCCUGAGCCUCCCCUCUGGCCCUGGCCAUGGUGACACUGAUGGACCCAUCAGCCUGGAUGUGCCAGAAGGAGCGCCGGACCCCCAGCGGACUAAGGCUGCCAUUGACCACCUGCACCAAAAGAUUCUGAAGAUCACUGAGCAGAUCAAGAUCGAGCAGGAGGCACGGGAUGAUAACGUGGCAGAGUACCUGAAAUUGGCCAACAAUGCGGACAAGCAGCAGGUGUCACGCAUCAAGCAAGUAUUUGAAAAAAAAAACCAGAAGUCAGCCCAGACCAUCGCCCAGCUGCACAAGAAGCUGGAGCACUACCGUCGGCGCCUGAAGGAGAUUGAGCAGAAUGGGCCCUCACGGCAGCCCAAGGAUGUGCUACGUGAUAUGCAGCAGGGGCUGAAGGAUGUGGGUGCCAACAUGCGUGCCGGUAUCAGUGGCUUCGGGGGUGGCGUGGUGGAGGGUGUCAAGGGCAGUCUCUCUGGCCUCUCACAAGCCACCCACACCGCAGUGGUGUCCAAGCCCCGGGAGUUUGCCAGCCUCAUUCGUAACAAGUUCGGCAGUGCUGACAACAUCGCCCACCUGAAGGACCCUAUGGAAGAUGGACCCCCUGAAGAGGCAGCCCGGGCGCUGAGUGGCAGUGCCACAUUGGUGUCCAGCCCCAAGUACGGCAGUGACGAUGAAUGCUCGAGUGCCAGUGCCAGCUCUGCUGGGGCAGGCAGCAACUCUGGGGCUGGGCCAGGAGGCGCACUGGGGAGCCCUAGAUCCAACACUCUUUAUGGUGCCCCUGGAAAUCUAGACACUCUGCUGGAAGAGCUGCGGGAAAUAAAGGAGGGCCAGUCACACCUGGAGGACUCCAUGGAGGACUUGAAGACUCAGCUGCAGAGGGACUACACCUACAUGACCCAGUGCCUGCAGGAAGAGCGCUACAGGUAUGAGAGGCUGGAGGAGCAGCUGAAUGACCUGACUGAGCUUCACCAGAAUGAGAUGACCAACCUAAAGCAGGAGCUUGCCAGCAUGGAGGAGAAGGUGGCCUACCAGUCCUACGAGAGGGCCCGGGAUAUCCAGGAGGCAGUGGAGUCCUGCCUGACCCGUGUCACCAAGCUGGAGCUGCAGCAGCAGCAGCAGCAGGUGGUGCAGUUAGAAGGGGUGGAGAAUGCCAACGCGCGUGCUCUGCUGGGCAAGUUCAUCAAUGUGAUCCUGGCACUCAUGGCCGUGCUGCUGGUGUUCGUGUCCACCAUUGCCAGCUUCAUCACGCCCCUCAUGAGAACACGCCUCCGAAUCACCAGCACCGCCCUCCUGCUCCUCGUCCUCUUCCUACUCUGGAAGCACUGGGACUCGCUCACCUACCUCCUAGAGCAUGUGCUGUUGCCCAGCUGAGCAGCGCCGUCCCACCCCGUGCUCUCCGGAUUCCACUGGCCACAUGAAUCUCCAGGAGGGCCCGGGGCUCCUGAGUUCCUUGGGGUCUGCUAUGUGACUUGUUUGGCCCCUAACUGUCCCUUCUCUGCACUGCGUCUGUCUGACACCAUCUCCCUUUCAGCCUGAAGGUUAUGGAGAGGGUGCUCUGGGCUGGAGGGAGCAGGGACACUCGCAGCCAAAUGGAGCAGUGAGGAAACACUGGGGCUGCAUUAUUUGAAUGAUUUGCAGUCACAUGGGACUUUUCUGGGCUGACUGGAAGAUGCUCUAGUCAUGAAAGCCACUACGAUAGAAGGCUAGUCUCAAAUUCCCUGGGGAAGAGCCCAUCUUCAAGGCAGCCACAGUUUCCUCCCAUGGAGAUGGCCUGGAUGAAAACCAGUGGGAGGCUAUGCUGAGCCAGAGAGUGCAGAAAGGGAAGGGUCCCCAGGCUUGGGGCCAGACGGCAGGCUUAGCACAGCCACUGGGAGCUCAGCCUCCCCUUCCCCUGCUUCUCUUCCCACUUGAGCUGGUUUGGGACUGGUUUCUGGAGGCUGGGUGGGGUGUGGCUUUGGGUUUGUGUUUUCUCUGCUCAUCUUUCUGCCUGUCACUGGGUGUGCUGUUUUUCUGAAAAACAGGCCCCAAGGGCCCUGAGCCUCCAGCCCAAACCCUUAGACCUCUGGGAUCAUGUUGAGUUCUAAUUAUUUAUUUAUUUAUUUAUUUACUUAUUUAUUUAUUUGUUCCCACCCUUCCCUUGCUUCUGCCCAGCUGGGCUCCAGGGAGAGGACCCUGCCCAUCCUGCCUCUGAAGCUGGGGCUUACUCUUGGUUCAUCAUACUCCAGACCAUGUAUCCUCUGGUGUUCCUGGCUGGAAGAAGGGGCGUGUGGCUAUGUAGCCCACUCUCCCAAGCAGCCCCAGCAGAUGGACAGGAGGGGCAUGGCCUCUUUUAUAUAUAUCUACUUAUUUUAUAUGUGUGUCUUCGUGAGGAAGAGGAUGUUUGUCAUUUCCUUAAGGCUCUGGAGUGUUGUGUUCGAUUCUGCACAACCCAGCCUCCCCAAGAGCCCUUCCAAGCACAGUGGGGAUUUCUCAGAAUAGGAGAGAGGAAUCCAUGAGGCAGGAACAGCAGUGCCUGCCAGCUGUGGUGGACCUUCCUAAAAAAUAAAUAUCCUCUAUGUUUUCAAACCA